AUGAAUUUAGAGGGCUUAAUAUUCGCUCCAAAAAAAUGUCCAAAAAAAAAACGCCACUAUAAUGUUCACUACAGCUUGUUGCCAUUGGUCUGGUGUAAUUCUGAACCACUGAAAGCGGCUCAGUUAUUUGAUAAAGUGGAUAUAGAUAAGAAUGAUCUUUUAGAUAGGAAAGAACUCGAUUCUAUCUUCUUGUUAUUUGACGUAGAUGGGGAUAAACAAGUGUCUAAAGCUGAAUUCCAGAAUGAUUGGGUGAAUAAAUUCUCCCUGGGUAAUAUUAAAGAAGCUGAUGCCUUAUUUGCACGAGCAGAUCAAACCCAUGAUGGAGUUAUUGCCGCCAAUGAUAUAGAUGCCAUCUUCACUUUCUUUGAUGUUAACGGAAACAGCAAUGUCGAUCUGAAUGAAUUUUUAACUCAAUGGGGUCAAGUAACAUUAAUCCCAGUAAACCCAAUCGACACCCAUGUUGGUUGAAGCAGACGUUUGCAACAUGAAUUGAUGAUCUGAUAGAUCUUAAAAAAAUAAAAAAAAAAAUAUAAUUUU